UGCAAGAGAAAGAACGCCAUCGUCUACCGCUCAGCCUUAGCUGAGGUGCUCCCCAACGCUGCACUAAUGGUCAAAGACCCGAAGGUGCGUAAAUCAGUGGAGCGGAUCUUCACUAUAUGGGAGGAGAGAAAUGUCUAUCCUGAGGAACUCAUCACCCAGCUCAAAGCCAACCUGGCCAAGAAGGAGAGAGAGAGGGAGAAAGAGAAGGCUAAAGAGACUCCUCCUCCGCCAGCCCCAGUCAACCCCAAAGCUGCCCUGAAGUCCAAGAUUGUGGCUGAUUUCCUACCCCAGUCGUUCAUCGAGCAGCUGGCGGGCUUCAAACGGGUGGUGGAGGAGGAGGAGCUGAGGGAGACCCAGCUGACAGCUCUCAGAGUGGACGUCUGCAGCACGGAGGGCCCUCAAGAGACUCAAGACAAGGCCGGAGGGAACAAGUUUGCCAAGGACUUUGAAGAGGGCAGUCAGAAGCUGCAGGAGUUUGUCAGUUUCCUGGAGAACCAGAUGCCUGUAGGGCCCCCUCUGCUGGAGGCUCUAGGAAAUGCAGACGUCUUCUAUGAGAUGCAAUACAAGGAAGUUAAGAUCGUGGCCAGCGCCUACAAAACCUUUGCCAACCGCGUGGUCAACCUCAAACGUAAACUGGAUGCCCUCAAGUCCUCCCUUCCCGGUCCUGAGGACUCUCCCAUCCCCUCCCCCUCUGAGGACGCUCCCUCACCCACCGGCUCUGACUCCCCCUUCCUGGGGCUGGGAGGAGGCCGAGGGGGUAGGCUGGGCUUUGACCCGGACCUGGAUGGGAGUGCCAUGGACGAGAGGGACAUGGGGGUUGUGAGAGAGGGGACAACAGAGAUGUGGAGGACAUGGAUCUGUCUGAGGAGGACAUGGAGACAGCCAACACAGAAGCAGUCGUCAUCAGCCACCGUUUCCAAGGUGACCAGCUCCAAGACCGCAGCGAAACCCGCCCCUGUCACACUCAUUCGAACCUCCACUGAAUCCCCUCUCAAAAAGGCAGCCUCGUCUACCCCCACGCCAGUGACCCCCAGCACCCCUACGAGCGCGGGUGUGAGCGGUCCUAGCGGUCUGACCGCUCCUCUGGGAAUGAACCUGGCCAAUGUGGACCUGGGCAAGAUCAGCUCCAUACUGAGCAGUAUCACAUCAGCCAUGAAGAACACAGCAGCCAGCCCUGUGUCUCGCCCCUCCCCUGGAACUCCCACCACCCCCUCUGGCCAAUCAUCUUCCUCCAAAACCCCAGUUGGCCCCACCCCUCCUAGCCCAGCCCUGGCCAGCAUCCUGUCCAGAGUGAACGUCACCCCUGAAGGCAUCCUCAACGCCCUGUCAAAGACCCAAACACAGAGUCUGUCCUCUCUGCUGAGGUCUGGUAGCUCCUCCUCCUCUGCCCCCUCCUCCCAUGCCUCCCCAGACUCCUCAGCAGCCAAGGGCCCCCCCACACCCACCACACCUAGCAACACCAAACCCCCCCUGACCAACAGUCUCAAACGAGACACACCUGAGAGGAGCAGAGGAGCCAGGGAUUGGGAGAAAAACCGAGAGGCCUCCCCUCCUCCUCCUCCCUCUCUCCCUAGCCGCUCUGUCUCUCCUCCCAGCCUAGAGUCUAAGAUCAAUCGUUUCCUCCAGGGGAACCCAGGGUUCAGUCUGGGCCUGGGGGAUGGGAGCCCUCUGCUGGGGGAGACGGGGGGCACCCCCACCCAGGACGAAAUCAUGGACACACCAGGGGGUGUCUCCUCCGACCCCCUUGGCCUCAACAGUGACCCCAAGAGCUUAGGCUCAUCCAUAGGUCAUGAUCUUUCACCCACGGCCUACCGCAGUGACCCUUGGGACGCCGUCAUCACCCCAACAGGAAGCAGCAGCGACGUGGACUUCCUCUCUUCCUCUUCUCGUUUCCAAGGCUACGGAGCGGGGAAGAAGGCCGCCAAGCUGAAGGAGGAAGAUUCGAAGAGGAAGAUUAGCUCUUCAUCACUGGGAAGCAGCAAGGUGAAGAAGGAUGGACAGAACAGUCACGGGAACAACAGAUCAGUUGAAGGAGAGAGGAGAGCAUCCAUAGGUUCUCGUAAGACCAGCAGCGGGUCAGAGGAGGGAGGAAUGAGGGGAACGAGGGAUGAAAAGGGAAAGAGGGGAGGAGAGGAUGGUGGGGGCUCAUCUGACGGGGAGGGGGGGCAGUACCACCGUAUCGAGACGCUGGUGUCGCCUUGCACAGAGGGAGCACCUUUCCAAUCACUGGGGGGCUUCUCAAACCGCCAGCCAACCGGAGAGCGCAUCCAGACGGUGGAAAGUAUCCGCGUGAUUGGACAAGGGCUGCGUCGCGGGGUGGAGAAGGGGGAGGCCAGGUGGAGGGAUGUGCAUGACUUCACCCCCAUGCCUCCCCGACCUCACACCACCACCUUCCUCCUCAUUCUAAUCACCCUCCCCACCCUCAUCCGCACGGCCCCCCACCCCAGUUUCAGAUGCCCCCUACCAUGGGGAGAACCCCCAGGGUCCCCUCCCCUCACACCUCCACCAUCACCCCCUCCUCCCUUCUUCAACUCCCCUCCUCCACCCAUCCCACGCCCUCCACCCCCUCCCAUGCCCCAGCUCCCUCCACCUCCGCGCAACUUCCUCCCCCCCUCGGCAGUCAUGGUAGGUGGGGUUCUAGUCCCCAUUGACCGCCAACUGCCCCUCCGCCCAGAUGGAGGAGACCGAGGGGGACCCAGGGGGGGUAAAGGUGGUCCCACUCCCCUCAUGUCCUCUCUGUUAGGGGAGCCCCCUAAGAUGCCUCGUCCCGGCACAGUCAAAGAGCAUUUCACUCCCCGCCACGCACCCCCUCUCCACCGCCCCGGCACCCCCGGUGCCCCGCCUCCCUUAUUGGGCCGUGUCAAGGAUGGCAUCAACCUCCCUCCUCCACCCCCCUCUUCCUCCACCCCUCCCUCUCCCUCAGGCGACCCCCUGCUUCCUCGCCCCCAAGCUCCUCCGCUCCAGCACCCUCCAGCUAGCCCGCCUGCCCAGCCCCGACACCCCAACCCCAACCAUCCACACCGUCCCUCGCCAUCCCUCCUGCGCCUAUCCUCCCCCAACCCCCGCCCCCAUCAAUUCCACCCCUCAGAGACCUCUACUCCACCCUCGCGGCCCCCUGUCCACCCACACCUAAACCGAGAGCCACCCAUGUUCCGCGGGGGCAAGCGUCCUGGCCCUCCAUUCGGCGGGGGCCGAGGAGGUCCCUUCUACCCCCCCAAGAGACCUUUCUUUCCCCCACGCUAUUGAAAUGUUAACCCAUGCUGAAUGAAAAGCAACCCACACACCUAGCUACCCAACACGGGGAGAAGAUGUGUAGAACCCUUAUGGUAUGAGCCCAGUCUGUCCUCACUAUGUUAAUCCUAGUGGAGUCAUUUGUUUUAUUACAUUUAGCUGAUCGCACCUUGACACAAACUAGCACGUCACCUCACCACAAUACAGUACCAACUUAGCAAUUAUGUGUUAUGGAUGAAAUAGGUAACCAAACCAAAUCUGCCUCCCCCUCCCCUCCUCCGAUCCCCAGGAGCAACAAUGUUCUCUGCUUCCCCUCACUAAAGCAGUGAGGGAGUAAUGGAGGUGUGAACUAGAAGGAAGACGACAAGCACAGAUCAAAUAGAAACAGAAACAGAUACAGGCAUCCCCUGCUUUGUCUGAGCGCGUGCGGGUCUUUGAGUCUCUCAGAGAGAGGCAGGGACAGCAGAGGACAAGCGGCGCCACGAAACAGGCCUUCAGCGUCCGAUUGGCUGAUGGCAGGACGGUGAAUGGCACCACAGGCGUGACCACGCCCUCAAUCAUCGCUCAGAACGCAUGUGUGAAAGGUGCUCUGGUCUGCAGGGUGAAUGGAGAGCUGUGGGAGCUGCUUAGCCCCCUGGAGGCUGACUGUGAACUACAGCUGCUAGGCUUCAACACCACAGAGGGCAAACAGG